UACCGAGAGGGCUUAGCCAAAACUAGAUUUUUCCAGUAAAUUCAAGUUUGGACAAAUUUCAAGUUCUAACUGUAACAUAUGUGUGUGUGGGACAAAAAUAGAUUAAUAGGUAAAUGGCCGAAUUCAUAUACAUAUACAAAGGCGAUCGCUGAAGAUACUGUUCGACGAUUCAGUAUCGGAAUUCCAACCUGCAUCGUACGACCGUCGGUUAUAACAUCAACGUUUGAGGAACCACUAAUUGGAUGGAUCAACAAUGUAUACGGAGCAGUGGGUGUAGUCAUAGGUAGUGGCAUAGGUUUGUUACGCACCAUGCAUUGUGAUCCUGAUGUUGUGGCUGAGAUAGUGCCCGCAGAUUAUGUCAUUUCACAUAUUGUUGUCGCGAGUUGGGACACUGCCAAGAGGAAAAAUACUCUAUUAAGCAUCGAGAACGCGAAUCUGGAUGUUCCAGAAACCGAGAGAGUACCGAUUUAUAAUUACGUGUCGAUGUGCCAAAAUCCGAUCACCUGGAAAAGAUUCAUGAAAAUAAACGAACUAUAUGGCAUGCAGGUACCAACCACGCAUGCGUUCUGGUGCUACAUGCUUUUCCUAAACAAAUAUAAGUUCGUGAACGAUAUCUAUGCGAUAUUUUUGCACACCAUACCUGCUAUCAUAGUUGACACUGCGCUUUUCCUUACCGGCCGAAAACCUAUGCUACUGAAGGCUUACAAGAAGAUAAACAAGUUCAGUUCUAUAAUAUCGUACUUUUCGUCGCAACAAUGGCGAUUCAACAAUGACGCCGUUGUAAAGCUCUGGAGUCGUGUGAAUUCGGCCGAUCGACAGAUUUUCAAUUUCAAUAUAGAUAGUUUGGACUGGGAAUCAUAUCUCAAAAACCUGAUACCUGGUGCGCGCGUAUACAUAAUUAAAGAUCCAAUGGAGACAGUAGAGAAAGGACGUGAGAAAUACCGAAAGUUGAAAAUCGCUCACUACACUCUGGUAACAGUUAUCACGGUUUUACUAGUAUGGGGCAUAAUAAACUUGCUACUUCGUAUAAUGACGUACUUCUAACAAUAAGCUUUAAAAAGAAGCUUCGUUAAAAAAUGUUUUGUGAGAAAUAAAUUACAGAAAAUAA